AUGGCUUCCUCGUUUCAGUCGACGCUGCCAUUCUUAUCCAAGACGUCAAACAGCACCGCGAAUACCCACGGUCAUAAGCACAGCAUCAGUAACUUCUCCAAUGCUUCAUUGCCCAAUCGACGAACUUCCUUGGCCUCGUUUCACUCUUCGCGCCCAGAAUCGCAAAUGUCACAGGCCUCGCCGCCGCCUUCGAGGUCACCCCUGCCUCCAGGGCCCGAAGCUGAUCGCAUAUCGGAUCCCAAUUCUCGAUCAAAGACGCCCUCGACAGGAUUGUCCUCUCAGCAUUCUUCUCUGUCUGCCCCUCGACGAACCAACCCUCAUGGUCGACCUUCCAGAAAACUACGCUCCCAGUACCCACGAAGCUCUACCGAGAACCAUGUCGAAUACAUUCUUGUCGCAUCGUUCGAUAUUGAUCGAGGACCUGUCAUGGAGCAUCAGUAUCCAGUUGCGAUCACAGGCGACGAGAAUAUGUUAGCUGAGCUCAUGUUGCCGGAUCAAGCCCAUGCCCGUAACCAGGAUUGGACAAUAUUCUUCCUUCACAAGGACACCAGCGAAGAGGAUGAAGAUAAAGAACGCAAGAAUAAAGAAGGUCGAAAGAAGAGGCGUAAAAGAAGACGUGACAAGGCGGCUGGUGUAAUCGAUGAAGAGGGCGAAGAAAACGAAGAGGACCUGCCAGAAGAGGAAUGGGACGACGAUGAAGAAGAUGGCGACGAAUCUACCGAUAGCGAACCUGAGGGCGGCGAGGGCCCUCCAUUAAUUUAUGUGCUGAAUCUAGUCAACACAAAACAUGACAAGUCGCCUUUACUACUACUGGCUUUGGAGGAAUACUUCAAAGCACCCGUUCCAGAGACAUUGGCCAUGCUAUAUGACUCAGUCAACGCCAUGGAUUUGUCCCUAAUGCCCAGGCUUAGUCUUUUGGAGCGCCAUUUAUUACAAGCCAGCGAUAAUAGGGAUCUCUUUGUGGAGAAGUUCGAGCAGAUGAUUCAGAUGCGGAUAGCCGAAGACCAACGCGAGGAGGCGACAGAUGCUUCGCUGGAUGCGACAAGGAGCCCAACAAAAAUGACCGGUAUUUCAAGAGCUGGUACAAAGGCCCAUGUUGAAGGUGGCCAGUCGAUUUACUCGGUUCCCCGCGACACACAUGAGUUUGAGAGCAAGGUCAUGUACAAGGGCAUACCGAUCCCCAUCAAAGUGCCUGUUGCUGUCAUGCCGGAAACCGUCGGUGACUUUUCACUCAUUAAACUCAUUCAGAACUUCUCAGAUGUUCAUCAGAAAUCGCCACAACCGUUUGCGCUACAUCCUCAUCUCACAAGCAAUGGAGUGAACACACAUCCGGUUAUUGUGCUAGCGAAUGCGCUACUGACACAAAAGAGAAUCAUCUUUAUGGGUUAUAACAUGCCCUCAGGCGAGGUUGCCGAAGCUGUCUUGGCCGCGUGUGCGUUGGCCUCGGGCGGCAUUCUUCGUGGGUUUACACGACAUGCUUUCCCUUACACCGAUCUAACAAAGAUCGAUGAUUUGCUCAACGUACCCGGCUUUAUCGCUGGUGUAACAAACCCAACAUUUGAACUUCACCCGGAAUGGUGGGACGUCUUGUGCGAUCUGCCCAGUGGAAGGGUCAAGAUCAGUACAAAGAUCGACCCUGCGCCUGUGACAGAAGGCCUGCUGUAUUUCCAGCAGCAGAAUGCAGCUUUUGCAACCAUUGCAAGUGGUACGACAAACACGAGCCAGGAUUACACGGGUGAUAAUGCCUUCAUGGCCGAUGUUUUGCGAAGCAUUGCUGCAAGACAUGGUGAGCGUGUAAUUCGAGCUAAGUGGAGAGACUGGGUUGCGAAAUUCACACAGAUCGCGGCCAAGUUCGAGGAAAGCGUGUACGGAGCUAGUGCCCUGUACAUCGGAGGCGAAGACCAAGACUUGAUGCCGCAAGGGGCCAACGGGCAUGGAUACGUCUGGCCAGAUGAUACAGCUAAGAAUAAGGAGCUUGCUGGUAAUGUAACAAGAAUCGAAGGAUGGCGCAACACUCGAAGCUACUACAGCUUCAUCCAGGAUUUGGCACAGAUCUAUACCAUCAGACCCUUGAAAGGUCUUGAUCUCGCCCAUCUUCACGACCGUCUACGAAUGCAGCGCUUAACACCUGCACAGAGCAGAGAUAUCUACCUUACGAUCUCCAAACAUGUACAUACAUAUGACGAGAUUUGCUUACUCCUCAGCGUCGCUCCUGAAUCUCACGCAGGACUGUUUUAUCUCGGUCUCGGCCUUUUCCACAAGGACCGCGAGGUCCGCCUUAGAACAGCGGAUCUCUUAGAACGCAUCGCCGACCACGAAGCAGGUCAGCACUGGUGGAGAAGUCUCAGUCGCUUCGAGAAGCUAGCAUAUAUGCGCCUCCGUCGGGAAGUGGAUGCAGAGAUGCAAGCAAAGCUAGAAAAGGAGGGUAUAAGCCCAGAGAUGGAGCGAGUGGCGAGCUAA